AUGCGGAAUUGCACUUCAACUCGUAUCUACCUAUACAAUAACUCUUCUCACCCACCCAGCAAGAAAGCGGACAUGUGUAGCUUUAGUAAAAAAAUGUUUACUUUUUUGACACAAAAACUGCAACCAUUCUCACAUCAUCUGGAGGGCUUUGGACUACUUCAAUUUCCGAAGAUUGAUGGAUCAAGGAGUUUGAGUGAGCGGAGACAAGUGUUUACGGCAAUUUCAGACCAUCUAGCUCCUGCCGAAGUGUCACCCACAUUCUCCUGA